AUUUGCAAAAAUCGAAAAUCAACUUCCUUUCUGUCCAAAGUUGGUGAAAUACGCAAGCAGAAAUCAUGCCGCUCGCCAAGGAUUUGUUGCAUCCGCUCCCAGCGGAAGAGAAGCGCAAACACAAGCUAAAGCGACUUGUUCAGCAUCCCAAUUCAUACUUUAUGGACGUCAAAUGCCCCGGAUGCAUUAAGAUUUCCACAGUUUUCAGUCACGCGCAGGGUGUCGUUGUCUGUGUUGGAUGCUCCACGAUCUUGUGUCAACCCACAGGAGGACGAGCAAAACUCACAGAGGGAUGCUCCUUCAGGAGAAAGCCCCACUAAGCUAGCCCGUGUUAAACUUUCCGGAUGAUGACACUAUUCUUCAGAAUUCAUGUAAAGAAGAAAACACUGAAGACCACAUAAAAUAAAACAAGGUUUAUUCAUCGGAA